GAUGCCCAGAGAGUCGCGUCCGCGGGCAAGCUUGCUGGUGGUGCAUUUGGCUCGCUCGCUGCGCUUCAGGGGAACCGUCCGCGCGUAGAGAAUACAAAUCACUCCGAUCUAUUCAAAAUAUACUAUGCAUCGCGCAUAGGCCCCUUGGGGAGGUUGCACAAUGGGGGGCCAACUGGUCCCGCGCUUCGCAUCCCUUCAGCCGAUCUUGGCGCUUGCAAAAAAGUAAAGGUGCUGGGUGAGCUGGCUAUUCUUCAACAUAAGAGUCAACGCGUUUCGUUCACCCACCCCACAAAGUGCAUCUGCUUUGACCAGCGUUUUCUCACAGCAAACGCUCUUAAUAAUUAAUGGCGCGCCGCUGGGUGGGGCGUCAGGGCGCAAAUAGUCAGUUACACUUGGUCGCAGCCUUGAAAGCGGGCUGGGGCACACGCCAGACCCCAAAAACACGCCAGGAGGCACACUUUGGAACAGCAUGUGUAGAUGAGUAGCUAAACCCUGGCGUUGCUUAGGUCAGCUGUAGUGCAUCAGUACUGCUCUGGCUGCGGCGCGACACUCAGUCGGCGACAUCAUCGUCGCCGUCCUGCCGAGCGGUCCCCGCUCUGGCAAUCUUUGCCGACCAUCAUGAUCUCACACCGUGGAGCCUUCGCGACCUAGCGUGGGUGGCGCGCCUGCUCGCCGGUCGACCUCGUCCUCAUGGCUUCGCGAUGCUUCUGGCGGAGCGCUCGCUGCUGCCGGGCUCGCAGUGGCGUGUCGCUGAGCGGCUCUUUCGGUAACGGAGGGCCGAUUGGAGCUGCUGGCGACUCUUGCUGUGGGCUGCUGCCGCGGCCUGACGUGGCGCCGGGCUCGCCGCGCGUGAACCGGGGCACGCUGCGGCGGGAGCCAGGACCGGCGUCUUCCGGGCGGCGGCGGCUGGAGCUGUGGGCGCAUCUACACAGUGGAGAGACCUGCUUGGCGAAUGCAGUCUGGCGAAGGCAGUCCAGCGAAGGCUGGCUGGCGCAGGCCGACUAUGCGAAGGCUGGCUGGCGCUGUCUGCUGUGCUAGGGUGUUGCGAGGCUGUGUGGACUUGGUUGGGCGGUGGGCGUGCCUGCACCGCCUGUGCUAGGUUGCGGGCGCUGUGGCUUGUGCUGUCUGGUGGGUCGGACCGGCUGAUCCUCGUGGUUCAGCGAACUUGCACGGCCCUGGGCCGUCUACAGGAUGCAGCUUCGGGCUGCACCCAACAGUGUGAGGGCCCUGCCCUGUUGGUGCUGGUGUUUUGGGGUAGGAGUUGCACUUUGCAAAGUGGCAGUCAGUCUGACGCCGACCCGCGGCUUAGGUGAGCAGCGCUAGCGUUUGCGUGGCGUGUCGCUGAGCGGCUCUUUCGGUAACGGAGGGCCGAUUGGAGCUGCUGGCGACUCUUGCUGUGGGCUGCUGCCGCGGCCUGACGUGGCGCCGGGCUCGCUGCGCGUGAACCGGGGCACGCUGCGGCGGGAGCCAGGACCGGCGUCUUCCGGGCGGCGGCGGCUGGAGCUGUGGGCGCAUCUACACAGUGGAGAGACCUGCUUGGCGAAUGCAGUCUGGCGAAGGCAGUCCAGCGAAGGCUGGCUGGCGCAGGCCGACUAAGCGAAGGCUGGCUGGCGCUGUCUGCUGUGCUAGGGUGUUGCGAGGCUGUGUGGACUUGGUUGGGCGGUGGGCGUGCCUGCACCGCCUGCGCUAGGUUGCGGGCGCUGUAACUUGUGCUGUCUGGUGGGUCGGACCGGCUGAUCCUCGUGGUUCAGCGAACUUGCACGGCCCUAGGCCGUCUACAGGAUGCAGCUUCGGGCUGCACCCAACAGUGUGAGGGCCCUGCCCUGUUGGUGCUGGUGUUUUGGGGUAGGAGUUGCACUUUGCAAAGUGGCAGUCAGUCUGACGCCGACCCGCGGCUUAGGUGAGCAGCGCUAGCGUUUGCGGUGAGCCUUGCUCGGGGUUCCUACCCUCCUUUAGUGAGGCGAGGAGCAUGGGGGUCAUUCGAGGUUCCCUCCUCGAGUGUGCGUACGUGUCUCGUGCGUUUAUGGAGCCCUGGCUUGCCCGUGGCUGUCAUCCCACAUGUAACCUCUAUUCGCU